ACCCUGAAACCAACAGUGUGUCUCUCUGGUUCCCAGACCCUGAAGGACCCCAACCUGUCAGCCAGGAAAGACUUCCAGAGAGAAGCUGAACUGCUCACCAACCUACAGCACGACCAUAUUGUUAAGUUCUAUGGGGUCUGUGUGGAUGGGGACCCCCUCAUCAUGGUGUUUGAGUACAUGAAGCAUGGGGACCUCAACAAGUUCCUCAGAGUCCAUGGUCCAGAUGCUAUGAUCCUUGUGGAAGGCCACCCCCUACAGACUGACGGAGAGCUGGGUCUGUCCCAGAUGUUACACAUUGCUACCCAGAUCUCAGCCGGCAUUGUGUACCUGGCCUCCCAGCAUUUUGUCCACAGAGACCUGGCCACCAGGAACUGUCUAGUGGGCAGCGGGCUGUUGGUAAAGAUAGGAGACUUCGGGAUGUCCAGAGACAUCUACAGCACAGACUACUACAGGGUGGGAGACCACACCAUGCUGCCGAUCCGCUGGAUGCCCCCUGAGAGCAUCAUGUACAGGAAGUUCACCAUAGAAAGUGACGUGUGGAGCUUUGGAGUCAUCCUCUGGGAGAUCUUCACCUAUGGGAAACAGCCAUGGUUCCAGCUCUCCAACAACGAGGUCAUAGAGUGUAUAACACAGGGUCGGGUCCUGGACAGGCCGAGGGUUUGUCCCAAGGAGGUGUACGAGCUGAUGCUGGGGUGCUGGCAGAGGGAACCACAGCAGAGGCUGACCAUCAAGGACAUGCAGAAGGUCCUCUGCGCCAUGGGGAAAGCCACACCUGUCUACCUGGAUAUACUGGGCUAGCACCAGCAGGGUGAAGUGACCCUAGACGCUCACCUUGGAUCAGUUUAGCAUUUCCCUUAACCAACGGUUACGGUCAGGAUUGGGGAGGGGAAACUGAUCCUAGACCUGUGCCCAGGGGAAACUUUACCCUUUAGCCUGGACAUGUUGGGCUGGAAUCGUCUGGGCCGGCAGGUAGCUUAGUGGGUAAGAGCGUUGUGCCAGUAACCGAAAGGUCGCUGGUUCUAA